CACUGGCCCAUUAAGCUUCGCUUGGCCUAGUGUCGAGUUUUUCGUGGCUGCAGGUGGAGAGCGACGGAUCCCCUUUUCGCCUCUUUCGCGACUUUGCUCCCGCCCUCACAUCGUGGGGAAUCACAGCGCUCACUCGCCAUUAGGUACCUCAGUCGACACAGCAAAGGCCCGGGGACUCUCUGGCCACGACUGCGGCACGUCGCACACAUCCCCGACGACACCCACGACCCCCACAAUCCCCAGACUGCAUCGGGCGGGCGUUGCUCCCCCUGCCGGCCGACGACUGGCAACUGCUUCCGGACUUCACCCCCUUUGCGCCAUUCCCCCAGGAUCAGGCACGGCUUCCCCACACUCGUUCCUCCGCAUCUUUGUCCUAGGCCGUUUCUAUAUCAGACGCGGCAUCCCCGGCCGAGGGCAGGCGAGCUACAGUUGCUCUGCUAGGACAGACAUCGCAUUUGCACGCGGCUCCCCUCCAACGGCACCAUGGCAGGCAUCAACUGGUAUUACUACUUCACCAUCAUCGUCAUUGCUUGCGGGUCUAUCCCAAAGGGCUACGAUGAGGGUGGCUUCUCCUCCUCCACGGGCUUGUCCUCCUUCAAGCAGGACUUUGGCCUCCUGCCCGCGCUGUGGGCAAACGACCCCAGCGGCCUGGCCGACCGCAAAGCCAACAUCUCGUCCUUUGGCGUGCUGGGGGCCGCCAUCGGGGCCCUCAUGAUCCUCGCCGUGUGCGACAGGCUCGGCCGCCUGCGCUGCUGGCAGCUGUCGAUGCUGGUGUGGAUGACGGGCAAUCUGAUGCAGACCUUCUCGUCGGGCAUCCUGGGCCUGAUGCUCUUUGCCCGGAUCUGGGGCGGCCUCGGCGCGGGGGCCCUGACGGUCGUCGGGCCGCUGUACCUGUCCGAGAUUGCGCCGGCAAAGAGCCGCGGCAUGGUCGUCAGCAUAUACAUGGUCGUGCUGCUGUCGGUCCUGACGCUGGGCUUCUUCAUCUCGUACGGCGCCGAGCGGGGCCUGCCCUCGUCCAGGAUGCAGUACCGCCUCGUCAUCGCCAUCUCGCUCGUCCCCACGGGCCUCGCGCUGCUCGCGUCCUUCUUCAUCGCCGACACCCCCCGCUGGCUGGCCUCCCGGGGCCGCUCGGACGAGGCCGUCGCCGUGCUGGCCAAGCUCCGGCACGGCAGCGCAGCGGGCAAGCACCGCGAGGAGAUCGAGGCCGCUGUCACCGCUGAGCUUGAGGACCUGCAGCGCCAGAUCGACGACAAGGCAAAGGCCCUCGAGGGCACCACCACGUGGAUCAUCAUCAAGGAGAUUGCCACCCUGCGGACAUACCGGACGCGGUUCCUGUUGGGCUUCAUCAUGCAACUAAUCGCCCAGUGGACCGGCGGCAACGGAAUCACCUACUACGUCCCGGACAUCUUCACCCUGGCCGGCGUCACGGGCAACAACACGUCCCUCAUCACCAGCGGCGCCUACGGCAUCGUCAAGCUCGUCUUCACCAUGGCUUUUACCUGGGGCCUGGUCGACGUCUUUGGCCGCCGCGUCUGCUUCACCGCCGGCCUGGCGUUGCAGUGCGUCACCCACAUCUACAUGGCCGUGUACAUGGCCGUGUGGCGCGACGUGCAGAACAAGGCAGCCAGCGACGCGGCGAUUGCUAGCGUGUUUGUCUACGCGGUGGGCUGGUCGAUUGGGUUGUGCACCGUCCAGUACCUCUACUCGACAGAGAUCUACCCCACCCGCAUCCGCAACGUCUGCUACGCCUUCAACAUGGCCUGCCACUGGUUCUUCCAGUUCGCCGUCGUCCGCGUCACGCCAAACAUGUUUGCCAGCCUCGACGUCUGGGGCGCCUACGUCUUCUGGGCGCUCGUGUGCGCAAUCGGCCUGGUCGUCCUGUGGCUGUGGGCCCCCGAGACUAAGGGCGUGCCCAUGGAGAGGAUGGAGGAGCUCUUCGACUGCAAGUGGUACAUGGGCUGGAAGGCAAAGGUCGAUCUGUCGUCGUCGUCACCGUCGUCGUCGGGCGCUGAUGGGCACCGCUCUGCGUCAUUGUCUUCGUCUGGUGGCUCAAAGCCUGUCAUGCACAACAACAUCACGAGGGACUGCAGUGAGAAGGCGGGCGUGGUCCAGUCAAGUGUCUAGAAAGUAAUUAGUCUCUGUAUCAUAAUUACACUUGGAUCCUCGCAGCCCUUUUCUAUCCCAGCGUCUGCCCCGUGGAAACGCUAUGGUA